AAACAAGUGAAUUAUUUUCAAAGUUUAAGCAUGGACUUCAGACUCAUAUCACUGAUCCUACUUAUACACAUCUCGGGUUCUCUAACAUUGGACUGCCUCUCGGUGACCAGUGAAGAUGUUUGUGCUCUGAGCGAAAGCCCUGUGCAGCUGAGAUGUUCUUAUUCCAACUUCAAAAUCAAAACUGUGUUCUGGUUCAGCCAGAAACAGAGUACAAACUGGAGAAAGAAUGAUGAACCUGAAGACUUGACUUUAGACUCGGACUACUCAGGACGGGUGAAGCAGGAGGUCUUAAAAGACCGUUCAACACUCACAAUAUCAGACCUGAGAGAGAGAGACUCUGGAGAAUAUCAGCUCAUGUUCAUCAUGAAGGAUGGAGUUAAACAUCUCAGCUCAGUCGCCGUCAAUCUAACAGUCCCAGUCCUGCAGGUGAGAAUGAAUCCUACAGACCCGAGAGAUCAGAGUAUAAAACUGACCUGUGAUUUUUCCUGCACCGCUGGAGCUGAGUAUUAUUACUGGAUGAAGGAUGGAAAGUAUUACAGAAGUACAGUGUCUCGAGACAUAUUUGUGUCACCCAGCACAGAGGCUGGCAGAUAUUCCUGUGAUCUUGAUACAAACUUAAAACAUCGCUCCUCUACUGUGUGUAUUUCUAAGAGUGGCUGCUGGGAUGUGUCUUACUCCUCUAGAAGAGUCUGUGCUUUGAUGGGCUCAACAGUAGAUAUUUCCAGCACAUACUCACAUCCCUCUGGUUAUACUGUAAAUAAAACAUUCUGGCAUUACGUUCAGCCUGGUGACUUCAGUGAUCUGCGUGAGGAGCUUCAGUUUGCUGGUCGUGUGGAGUAUGAGGGAAACACACUGAGAAUCAAAGAGCUCAAGAUGAACGACUCUGGAGAAUAUAAAUUCAGGAUCAUCACUGACACAGCAGAAGGAAAAUACUCUGGAUCACCUGGAGUCAUGCUUACUGUCACAGAUACGACAGUGAUAAGCAGCCCAAACAUUAUAUCAGAGGGACAGGAAGUGAUAUUAAGCUGUUCAACUAAAUGCACUCUGAACAACAAUCAUAUUUACAUCUGGUACAAGAACGGACGACUCGUAACGGAUGGAUUCACUAAAGCCAACAAGCUGUACCUGGACUCAGUCAGCAAUGAAGAUCUUCAAGAGUAUUCCUGUGCUGUAGAAGGACGAGCAGCUCUGUGUGUUUCAUUGAAUCUGAAUGUACAGAAAGUGAAGAACAUGAACUCCAGACUCUUACCUCUGAUCCUGCUGCUGCUGCACAAUACAGGCUUUGUAACAUUGGACCGCUUCUCUGUGUCCUGUAGUCAAAAGAAUAUUUGUGCUGUGAAGGAGUUUCAGGAGACACUGACGUGUUAUUUCUCCAACAUCAACAACAUCAAAACUGUGUUCUGGGUCAGCCAGAAACAAAGUUCAAACUGGAGAAAGAAUGAUGAACCUGAAGAUUUGACUUUAGACUCGGACUACUCAGGACGGGUGAAGCAGGAGGUCUUAAAAGACCGUUCAACACUCACAAUAUCAGACCUGAGAGAGAGAGACUCUGGAGAAUAUCAGCUCAUGUUCAUCAUGAAGGAUGGAGUUAAACAUCUCAGCUCAGUCGCCGUCAAUCUAACAGUCACAGUCCUGCAGGUGAGAAUGAAUCCUACAGACCCGAGAGAUCAGAGUAUAAAGCUGACCUGUGAUUUUUCCUGCACCUCUAGAGCUGGGAAUUAUUACUGGAUGAAGGAUGGAACGUAUUUAAGAUAUACAUGGUCUAACAACAUACUUGUGUCACCCAGCACAGAGGCUGGCAGAUAUUCCUGUGCUCUUGAUAUAAACUUAAAACAUCGCUCCUCUUCUGUGUGUAUUUCUAAGAGUGGCUGCUGGGAUGUGUCUUACUCCUCUAGAAGAGUCUGUGCUUUGAUGGGCUCAACAGUGGAUAUUUCCAGCACAUACUCACAUCCCUCUGGUUAUACUGUAGAUAAAACAUUCUGGCAUUACGUUCAGCCUGGUGACUUCAGUGAUCUGCGUGAGGAGCUUCAGUUUGCUGGUCGUGUGGAGUAUGAGGGAAACACACUGAGAAUCAAAGAGCUCAAGAUGAACGACUCUGGAGAAUAUAAAUUCAGGAUCAUCACUGACACAGCAGAAGGAAAAUACUCUGGAUCACCUGGAGUCAUUCUUACUGUUACAGAUAUGACAGUGAUAAGCAGCCCAAACAUUAUAUCAGAGGGACAGGAAGUGAUAUUAAUCUGUUCAACUAAAUGCACCCUGAACAACAAUCAUACUUACUUCUGGUUCAAGAACGGACGGCUGGUAACGGAUGGAUUCACUAAAGCCAACAAGCUGUACCUGGACUCAGUCAGCAAUGAAGAUCUUCAAGAGUAUUCCUGUGCUGUAGAAGGCCGAGAGGAGAGCACAGCACUACGAAACACUGCAGUCGUACUGUGUGUGUUUUUGACUCUUGCGUUCAUAGGAGUCCUGUGGUAUAGGAGGAGAAGGUGUGCCUUGUCUAAAACCCACAGGGUUGAAAAGGAGGAGGUGCUGUAUGACUCGGUGCACGAUAACGCAGUAUCCUCUGACCUCACGCAGAAAGCAGAUGCCGAAAAUCAAGACAUUCAAUAUUCCAGCAUUAGUUUUAAAACAAAAGAUGCAUCUUCAAUCCCUACAGCCUUAUGUGAAAAAUACACCACAGAAACAGAGGAUGUCCACUAUUCCACUGUCAUGUUCAAAUAACACACUGUUACCCUCUAGUGAGCUAAUCAUAUUAUUGCAUUUGGGAGAUAUAACUUGCAUAAUUCAUUGUUGUCCACACCCCAGCAACCGAUUUCCC